AAGACACCAUGUGGCAUUGGAGAGCCUUUGAGUGUGCAUUUUCUCUCCUCAGUGAGAAAUCAAGCAACAGAGGGAGAGAGAGAGAGAGAGAGAAAGUAAACUUUCCCUGUUGCAGUUGGACUUUCCCAGCUCAACUGGACUUGAGUUCUGGAAUGGAUUUACUUUGAUACUUUGGAUGCCACUGCACAACAUUGGAUUUGCACACAGACAGGAUAUUUAGGGAAGUUUUGGUGCCAGUGAGAUAAUCACACAGGACUGCUUGUCUGUGUGUGUGUGUGUGUGUGUGUGUGUGUGUGUGUGUGUGUACUCUGGGUUAAGUGGAGCUGUGGUUUGAGGCGUAUGUAUUUGUGUGAUAGGAGCGUGCUCGGAGCUAUGUCAGGUGUUACACGGAAAGGUUCUGGGAGACCAGGAUAUUACUACAGACUACUGGGUCGAACGAGGCUACAGAGACAACGCAGUCGUUCUCGGAGUAGAAGCAGAACCACAAACAAUAGGGACUCUCCACCUGAGAGGGCAGGGCGGAGACGUAGCAUGCCAGGCUCCAGCCCUGAGAAAGCCCCACCCACAAUGGAGCCCACUGCUACUGCUGCUACACCCUUCAGGGUCACAGGGUUUUUGAGUCGCAGGUUAAAGGGCUCAAUAAAGCGCACUAAGAGUCAGCCUAAACUGGACAGGAACAGCAGUUUCAGACACAUCCUUCCAGGCUUCAGAUCUGUAGACAACGACAGGUCUUAUCUGAUGCUCAGGCUGAAGGAGUCGCGCUCUCACGAGUCUUUGCUCAGUCCCAGCAGUGCAGUGGAAGCUCUGGAUCUCAGCAUGGAGGAGGAGGUCCUCAUUAAACCAGUGCACAGCUCCAUCCUCGGACAAGAUUUCUGCUUUGAGGUGAGCACCUCCACAGGUAGUAAGUGCUUUUCCUGUCGAUCAGGCGCAGAGAGAGACAAAUGGAUGGAGAACCUGCGACGAGCUAUCCACCCUAAUAAGGACAACACUCGGCGGGAUGAGAACACUCUUCGGCUCUGGAUCAUCGAAGCGAAGGACCUUCCAGCCAAGAAAAAGUACUUCUGUGAACUUUGCCUGGAUGACGCCCUUUACGCCCGCACAACCUGCAAGCUGAAGACAGAUAAUGUCUUCUGGGGUGAACACUUUGAGUUCAAUAACCUCCCUACUGUUCAGAACAUCACAGUCCACUUAUAUAGGGACUCAGACAAAAAAAAGAAAAAGGACAAGAACAACUAUGUGGGACUGGUGAGCAUUCCAGUGGUGACUGUCACGAGCAGGCAGCAGGUUGAGAAAUGGUACCCGCUCAGCCAGCCCAAUCCAGGAAAAGGGAAAACUACAGGCCCUAUGGUCCGCAUUAAGGCCCGGUACCAGAGCAUGAACAUCUUGCCUAUGGAACUCUACAAAGAGUUUGCAGAGUACACCACCAACAACUACAUGCUGCUCUGCUCUGUGCUGGAGCCAGUCAUCAGCGUCAAGAACAAAGAGGAGAUGGCCUGUGCUCUGGUGCACAUACUGCAGAGCACCGGGAAAGCCAAGGACUUCCUGACGGACCUGAUGAUGUCAGAGGUGGAUCGAUGCGGGGAGAACGAGCACCUGAUCUUUAGAGAGAACACGCUGGGCACUAAAGCUAUCGAGGAGUACCUUAAACUGGUCGGACAGAAAUACCUGCAAGACGCAUUGGGUGAGUUUAUAAAAGCUCUGUAUGAAUCUGAUGAGAACUGUGAAGUGGACCCAUCCAAAUGUUUAUCUAGUGAUCUUAAAGAACACCAGAGCAACCUCAGGAUGUGCUGUGAGCUGGCCUUCUGCAAGAUCAUCGAAUCUUACCGUGCCUUUCCACGGGAACUUAAGGAGGUGUUUGCAUCAUGGAGGUUGGAAUGCAGUAACCAGGGCCGACCUGAUAUCAGCGAGCGUCUUAUCAGUGCCUCAUUGUUUUUGCGAUUUCUGUGUCCUGCCAUCAUGUCGCCUUCACUCUUCAACUUGACACAGGAAUAUCCUGACGACCGCACUGCACGAACACUCACUCUAAUUGCUAAGGUUACGCAGAACCUUGCAAACUUCACCAAGUUUGGUAAUAAGGAGGAGUACAUGUCCUUCAUGAAUCAGUUCUUGGAGCAGGAGUGGACCAACAUGCAGCGUUUCUUGCUGGAGAUCUCCAACCCAGAAACCAUCUCGAAUACUGCAGGCUUCGAGGGCUACAUUGAUCUGGGCCGUGAGCUCUCCACCCUGCACUCCCUGCUAGCUGAGGUGGUGUCCCAAAUGGACCAGAGUGCUGCCUCCAAGCUUGGUCCAUUACCCAGAAUUAUGAGGGAUGUUCACGCAGCCUUAACAAACCCACUGAAUGUACAGAUGAGUGCUCCUUCUGAACGUGUGCCCUCCCCUCCAGUCCCUGGGUGCAGCAUCUCCACUGGAUUACAGAAGAUGUCAAUCGACACUGAUUUACCAGGCCCGCUGGACUUCACUCGCCUCCCUUCCCCCACCCCAGAAAACAAAGACCUCUUCUUCGUCACACGAUCCUCCGGCCUUCAUGGCUCCCCAGCCCGUCGCUCCAGUUAUUCUGAGGCCAAUGAACCCGAGCUGGGCCUAGCCAAUGGUGGCAAGAGUCUCUCCAUGGUGGACCUCCAGGAAGCGGCCAGGGCAUUAGAACCAAUUGUCAUCCCUGCAGGUAUAAUUUCAGAAGGUUUAGGUGAGGGUUCCAUGGUUCCUUGGAAUGCACGGACUCCACAAGGCAAUGUUUCUGGAGGCCCCACUCUUCAUAGGCCAGGACAGACUCCCACUACCCCAGGGGCAGAAGGGGCCCCAGGCAGGCCUACACAGCUCCUGGCCCCACUGUCCUUUCAGAAUCCAGUUUACCAGAUGGCUGCUGGAUUGCCCGUAUCACCAAGAGGUAUAGCAAGUGGGGAUUCUGGGUCAGAAUGUCACAGCUCCGUCAGUUCCCAUAGCAACAAUGAAGAGAGUUUUGGAGGAACCAAGAUCACCUUCCUAACCCAGAUGGGUGGAGUGGGGGAGGAGUUUGUGAGACGUUCUGGAGAUUACUCGAGACGACAGUUAUCGCUAACUGAAAAUCAGCCUAUGGUUCCACGGCAGAGUAGCACUGGUCCCCAGCGGCGGAUUGACCAACCGCCGCCACCCACACAGACUGCACCCAGAGGGCAAACUCCGCCCAAUCUAUUGAACUCCGCCCCCUAUCCACGUCCUUCUAAUAAUACUGUGAUGACGUCGUCACCUGAUUGGCCUGGAGGUGGCACACGGCUUCGACAGCAAAGCUCCUCCUCCAAAGGCGACAGUCCAGAUACAAAGCAUCGUGCACAGCAUAAACAAACCCCGUCUCCUGUGAACCCCAGUGCACUGGACCGUACUGCUGCCUGGUUGAUGAAUGUGCCAUAUAUAGAGCAGGAGUCUGAGACAGAGCUAUGCAGAGAUGUGCACACACAAGCUGAAAAGUAUCAGGCGGAGAUCUCUAUGCUGCAGGAGAGGCUGCGUGUGUCGGUUCAGAGGCUGGAGGACUAUGAGGCUCGGCUGAAGGGACAAGAGGAUCAGGCACAGAAGAUGCUAAUGGAGUACCAGGCCAGACUGGACGAGUCUGAGGAGAGGCUGAGACGGCAACAGGAAGACAAAGACCUGCAGAUGAAGGGAAUUAUCAGCAGGUUGAUGUCUGUGGAGGAAGAGCUGAAAAAGGAUCAUGCUGAUAUGCAGGACGUAGUUGACUCCAAACAGAAGAUCAUUGACGCACAGGAGAAACGAAUAGUGUCUCUGGAUGCAGCUAACGCAAGGCUAAUGAGUGCUCUUUCACAACUGAAGGAGCGCUAUAGCAUGCAGACGCGGAAUGGCAUCUCUCCCACCAACCCCACCAACCCCACCAAGCUGCAUAUUACAGAGAACGGAGAGUUUCGUAACAGCUCCAACUGCUGAGCACAGACCCAUGGCAGCUACAUCCACAGAAAGAGAGAGAACAGAAUUAAGAGAUAGAGGGCAUGAGCAAGUGUGUAGAUAUUGUGUAAGUGAAUACUGAGAGAAAUCAUUGCAGGUGAGGAUUUCUACUGGAUGGACACUGAACACGUCAAACUUUUCCAGUUGGUAAACUGAUUGUUUGUAAUGUGGUACAAGGUCACUUGAAACGUUGGUCAUUGAUACUACUGCUGGUCAAGAACUUUAGCUUAGGACACACCACUAGACAUUCAUGUAUGUAUCAGCAGUUAACUGUACAAGAAAAUAAAAAGACGAAAUAAUACAAUUGAGAUAUGGUAACAUUAUACAAACAUUAUACAGAUACUACGACUUUCUAGCCUGCAACUUCCAUCCAAAGUCAUUACACUUGCUUCAAAAUAGGUGUUCUCCAUAUGGCCUUUGGAAAUCUAGAUUUUGUGUGGCACAGUUAUUUGCAAUGGUCUUUUCUUCUAUAAUAUGACAUUUUUAGAAACGGCUGAAACUAAAGAAUGAGCGACUUAAACCAACUGCAGAGAAUUUAAUGCUCUCCUCUAUAUUACAUCACUUCCUUUUAUGUUUUUACCAGUUUCUACCUACAUAGUGCACUUUGUCUCUCCAUCAUGAGAAGCCUUAAAAAAAGAUUGCAUAUGUAAUAUCCCUCAGUCCCAGCCUUGGUAAAUAUUUUGUUUCAGUUAAGAUGAACAUUUUUGAUAGAUUAUAAUGUACAUAUAUUUUACAAAGAAUAACUGUAUUUUACUUUAUCCAUCUACAUUUUCUUACCAUGUAAUUUCUUUAAUUGUUUGGUUUUCAUCUGAACAAAUGGCAAAAAUGGGAAAACAUUUUUAAAUGACAAAAUGUUCCAUUCUGUAUAGGAUUGGCAUCCUAAAUGUUUUUCUGGGUCUAUUUCAUACAGUAUAUGCCAAGACAUUAAAUUAGCACAAAUUGCUGAAAUGGAAGCAGAGAAAAUGUUUUAGGUGAACACUAAACCAGAUCUAAAUCAUUUUAGUUUGUGGUUUUAAAUAACUGUAUUUUCUCAUCUUUUCUGACUCCAAUCUUUGGAAAAGAGCUUUGAGUUCAUUGAUUUCCUUCCCCCGGUAAAGCUUGCUAGUUUCAUUUUAAUUCCCAAAUCAAGUGUUUUCCUCGUAAAGGAAAUAUUUGUUCUGUUGUUUUUUUUCUAAGCAUUUUUGAUUAAUUUUUACAUGUGAUUAUUGUUUUACAUGUGUGUUGCCUCAUCAGUCCAGUUUGCUGCACAAUGUCAGCAUUUAGAGUUUGAAUAUUUUUGUAUUGCUUAAAUGAGGACAUUCUGCUCGGCACUGAAGUUUUCCUUUAACUUCUAUUUUUGUUUGUCUAUGAGAAAAUUAGACACAUGAUAUGCCUCUAUAUUGUUGCAAAGCUAUAUAGAUAUGUAUUGUGGCAACUAGCCCUGGGACAUGUAUGACUGAAAUGUUAUUUUUCCUGAUAUUUUUAAAGAGACCCCUAUGUACAUGAGCUCUGUAGUGGUGUACUAUGUGAAUAAUUUAAUAUUAUAUAAAAGCAACCCCCAAGGUCACUCUAAGCCACUCCAAGGCAAAUUAAUCUUGUUACAAUGUUUUUGUUGUACUGAUUUGUAUCUGAAAUGUGGAAUCAGAAUGAUUCUGUUGGAGAUAGUGUUGGAGUAUGUGGAGAGCAUUUCAAAGCACUAAACUGCAUCCCUCGUCCCUGCUUCUGAAAAGCCUUUUAUGACACUGCACUUUCUUUCUCUGACUGAACGUUUUCCAAGUCUUUUGUUUUGUCCACCUUCACUCCAUGAAGAAGUAGCGAACUCAAGGUGCUCAUUAAUAACCCACUGAAAUACACUUUAAUUUUAGCACUGUAUGAAUCAUACCAUUCUUGCCAAAUUACAUGUAGCCAAAUGUUUUAAAUCCUUCAGUACACACGAACAAAUGUGUACAUCACAUGCUCUGUUAAUGCCCUGGUAAAGUGGUUUUGAAUGUACUUAACACUUCAGCACUGUACACCAUCUUUAUAAAAAAAGGAUCAGUAUCUAGGGUCAUUGAAAAUUAAUUUGAUUAGAGAGUUUUUCACAGACAUGGCUGUCAACGCCUCCGUUUGUUCAUGUUGUGUUUUUAAUUAGGUCUGAGGCCUUACAGAGUCAUCGCAUCUAUUUUCAGCCACUUGAGAAGAAGCUACUGGUGAGUCCAAAAAAAAAAGUUUAGAACAGUCUUGAAUGAAAAAUACUUUGCUGUCAUCUCAGUUUCUUUCAUCAGGUGUAUCUUUUUCUGGCUUCUUUUCAGUUUCAGUUAAAGUUUAGAAAGGUUCAUCAAGUACAACUAUUUGCUCUUGUGUGUUUUUUUUCAGCUGUCAAUGUGAAAUAGUAGCUAUGUGAAAAAAUAUAUAAAGAUAUACAGAUCUAUAAAUGAAUACAUAAAAUAUGUUGUAUGUUUUAUAAUCCUUGUAGAAAAUACUUUUGUAAGUAUGUUUAAAGUAAAGUAUUGGCUGGACUCUUGCCUUUGUUUUAGGACAAUGACAAGAACAAUAAUGUACAUAGAAAUGUGUCCAUGUUAAGAACUAUCCAAUUGUGGCUGUGCAAUUUAUGUACAUUUGCAACUAGAAUAAUUAAAGUUUUAUUUAGUUAUUUCAUAGGCCUCCUUUGUUGUCCUCA